UGCCUCAUUUGUCGGAUUCUACAAGUGUACAAAAGCUGGCAGAAGCUGACCAACUAAACACAUGUAUAUAAUUAUACUACAUACAUUACGUCUGAGUUUAUCUCACCUUACUUUUCUUAAUGCAGCACCAAAUUCUGUGAUCAACAAUCUAAUCAUCACUUAACAGCUUCUUCACCACAACCCAUUUAGGUGACACUUCACAUUCAAACCCCACCAAAUCAUUCGUGACUCCUAAACCACCAUCUCACACCAAGUUGUUAAGUCUAUUUUUGAUCCAAAUUGGUUAGUUUUUUUAGCACUGCUUUCUUGAUUUUGCAGAGUGCUGAUCUGGGUCUGAUUAAGUUUUAGACUAAUGGUAAUUUGAAUUCUGCUUCUGCUGUUGUUGUUGUAUUGAUACAUGUAAUGGGUAAAUUGCAGUUGAGUUUAUCUGAGUCAUUUAGUUUUAGGCCUUCCCCUGUAAGAAUUUUUAGUUUGGGAAACUAUAAGAGUUGGGUGUCUCAGGCAUUUAGUGGAGGUUUAAUUGUUGUGGCUACAUUUGUGUUUUUUGUCAUAGCUAUGAAUUUUGGGUAUUCGUAUGUUGUUGUUGAUGAUGAUUUUCAGCCAGCUGUACAAACUUAUGAUAUGCUAAAUGGCACAGCUUCUGGAGAAGAAUGCAACUAUUUUCAAGGGAGUUGGGUGUUUGAUGAGAGUUACCCUUUGUACAAUGCUUCAGAUUGUCCUUUCGCGGAGCGUGGUUUCAAUUGUUUGGCUAAUGGUCGUAAAGAUAAAGAUUAUCAGAAGUGGAGGUGGAAGCCCGAGAAUUGUGAUAUCAGAAAAUUUGAUGUUCAUGAGGUUUUGGAAAUGCUUCGUGGGAAAAGGGUUGUUUUUGUUGGUGAUUCAUUAGGUAGAACUCAGUGGGAGUCUAUGAUAUGUUUGUUAAUGACUGAGGUGGAGGAUAAGACAAGCGUGUCUCAAGUCAUUGGGAACAGGAUUACUAAACAGAUCAGACAUAUAGGGGUUCAGUUUAAAUCUUUCAAUUUGACGGUUGAGUUCUAUCGUUCAGUUUUUUUAGUGCAGCCUGGUGCAGUCCCAAAACGUUCUCCAAAGAGGGUUAAGUCAACAUUAAAACUCGAUGUCUUGGAUGAUAUUAGUAAGAAGUGGAUCCAGUCGGAUAUUCUUAUCUUCAAUUCAGGGCAUUGGUGGACUCCUGGAAAGCUCUUUGACAUGCGCUGCUAUUUCCAGAUUGCUGGAAAAUUGAAGCUGGGAAUGUCAACUGCUUCUGCAUACAGAACAGCAUUAACUACAUGGGCUUCUUGGGUGCAAAAUAUGAUUGAUACAAAUAAAACACGUGUAUUCUUUCGGACAUUUGAACCCAGCCAUUGGAGUGGUAGGAACCAUCUGACUUGCAAAGUAACAAGGUUGCCUUUGAACAAAACCAAUGGCAAGGAGCAAAACCCAUUCUCAGACACUAUCAUCAAUGUAGUGAAGAAUAUGACAGUUCCUGUCACCGUGAUGCAUGUUACUCCCAUGGGGGCUUCCCGGAGUGAUGCGCAUGUUGGUACUUGGAGUGACAAUCCAUUAGUGCCAGACUGUAGUCAUUGGUGCUUACCAGGAGUUCCUGAUGCGUGGAAUGAAAUUCUAUUCUCACAUCUACUUUCUCAGGAUUGAGGUACAACUCAGUACAUUAUACUGCGACACCAUCUUGGCUCUAACCUAUACCUACUUCUGGAUAAUGUUGCCCUUCAUGAAUGACUACUUUUGAAUUUACACCUUCCAAAAAGGUCAAAAUAUGGUAAAAGGGUCAACACUUCUCAAAAAUUUUAGCACCAAUUCUUUGUGUGGAAGGCUUGUACCAGGGGCUUGUUACGACUUAAGUGAAUCAAUCUGCAGAAAACAUUACAGUAAUGUCUAUAGAUACACAUAUAGUUUUUAGACAGAAUGUCCUUUUUUUUACUAGAUGUAAAUUUUGUGAAUUUGAUGUUGUAGUCCUCUGAAAUGUGUUCUUUUUGCUCCGGAAUGAUAUAUUUAAUCUCCCUUGCAAUUUUGUAGCCAUUGCAUGUAACUACAGUGAGCAACAUUUCAAUAUUGUUAAACUGAAAA